AUGUCUGAAAUCAGAAGGAAGCUGGUCAUCGUUGGUGAUGGUGCUUGUGGCAAGACCUGCCUUUUGAUUGUAUUCUCCAAAGGAACUUUCCCCGAAGUCUACGUGCCAACAGUGUUCGAGAACUACGUCGCAGACGUGGAAGUCGACGGAAAGCACGUCGAGCUCGCCCUUUGGGAUACCGCUGGCCAAGAAGAUUACGAUCGUCUCCGGCCCCUCAGUUAUCCAGACUCCCACGUCAUCCUCAUCUGCUUCGCUGUAGACUCUCCGGAUUCCCUCGAUAACGUCCAGGAAAAGUGGAUCUCUGAAGUAAUGCACUUCUGCGCUGGUCUCCCCAUCAUCCUUGUCGGUUGCAAAAAGGAUCUCAGGCGUGAUCCCCGUGUGAUUGAGGAGCUCAGGAAGACGAGUCAGAGACCCGUUACCCCCGAAGAGGGUAUGGCUGUCGCGCAGAAGAUCGGGGCAAAACACUACCUCGAAUGUUCCGCCAAAUCAGGUGAGGGCGUUCGUGAGGUAUUCCAAUAUGCCACACGUGCCGCUCUCCUCAGCAGAGGCAAGGGGAAGAAGAACCACGGAUGUGUCACUUUGUAAUUGAGAGAGGCGUUGCUUGGUCUUUUUAUUCGUCCAUCUAUAUACUACUGUAGUACUGCCCGCCUCUCUGCACUUCUCCCUGUCUGCAUACCCACCUACCCAACCCCGCUUACGAUUCUUCUCUUCCUUGCCUCCCACGUCCUCACGCAAAUCUCGAACGGUUCCAUCUUAGCGUCUCUUUCUUGUUGCCCCUACCAAUCCCAUCCAUAUUUCGUCCCU